AUGGCCCUAACUCACAGCAUCCUCGUACUCCCAGGUGAUGGCAUUGGCCCCGAGGUCAUGGCUGAGGCCAUCAAGGUGCUCAAGGCCUUUGAGACUUCGCAACACAAGUUUGAGUUACGUCAUGAAUUGAUUGGGGGCUGCAGCAUUGAUGCGACAGGAAGUUCGAUCGUGGAAGAAGUCAAGCAAGCCGCAUUGAGCUCAGACGCCGUCCUUUUCGCAGCAGUUGGAGGACCCAAAUGGGACAAUGCUCGGCAUGGUCUAGACGGCCCUGAAGGUGGACUACUGCAGUUGCGAAAGGCAAUGGACAUUUAUGCAAAUCUUCGUCCAUGCUCAGUUAACUCUCCAAGCACCUCCAUCGCGAAGGAGUUUAGUCCAUUCCGACCAGAGAUUAUUGAAGGUGUCGACUUUAUUGUGUGGAUUAUCAAUAUCCAUGUUGAACUAAUGAUAAUAUCAGCAAUGGAUGAAUGGGGCUACUCAGAGGCCGAAAUUCAGCGUGUGACCCGUCUAGCCGCCGAAGUUGCCCUACGACACGAUCCACCGUGGCCCCUUGCCGACUCGGCAUCGCUGAUCAUGGCGACCAACCCCCGUUCUUUGAACGGGGUUAUCCUGGCAGACAAUACCUUUGGUGACAUGCUCUCUGAUCAGGCAGGCUCCAUUGUUGGGACCCUGGGUGUCCUGCCAAGUGCUAGCUUGAAUGGUCUUCCUGGUGACAAAAAGCUACAGACACGACCAUACGGUCUGUACGAGCCCACUCAUGGCUCAGCACCAACAAUUGCCGGUCAGAACAUUGCCAAUCCUGUAGCCAUGAUCCUUUGUGUCGCUCUGAUGUUUCGUUACUCGCUGAACAUGGAGGCUGAGGCCAGACGCAUAGAGAAUGCAGUGCGCAAGGUUCUUGACUCAGGCCAUAGAACCCCCGAUCUAGGAGGUAAGAUGGGUACGAAGGAGAUUGGGGAUGCGAUCGUAGCAGCACUGUGA